AUGGCGGCCGCGGGCUUCAUCCCAUCCGUCAUGGCCGUCUACGACGACGCCUCCACGACCAUGACCGCCACGCCCACCAGCUCCAGCAGCGAGGAAGGUAGUAGCAUCGGAUGGAACUCGCCCGCAGCCACCACCGCGGCGAGGGAGCUGAAAUACGAAUGCACAUGGAACCAAUGCGGCAAGAUGUUCAGGCGACGCAGCGACUUGACCAAGCACGAGCGAUACCACGUCAAGGAUUCCUUCUGCGACGAGCCCGGCUGCGACAAGGCCUUUGCCACGCAAAAAGACCUGAAGCGACACAAGAAGACGCACGAGAAGGUCGACGAUAGCGGUGCCGCCCCCAAGGGGUACCGGUGCCGCGUGCCCGGAUGCCGGAAGGCCAAGACGGGUCACGUCUAUAACCGGCGCGACAACUUUGUCCGGCACUUGCGGACCAAGCACGUGGGCUUGGACUUGGAUGCGGAAGAAUUUGGGAGUGGUUAA